UACAUCUGUGGUGCGUGGUGACAAUUCUAUCGAGCACAGUCAGCCUUUCGGCUGGGUCACAACUCACGGCAAACCUAGCGCAUUCCCACUGUUACCAGCUUAUUAAUGGCCACCGGUACCUAGAGCCGGGCACAUCGGUCGACCCCAAUCAGUACUAUCACGCGUACGCCGUCUUAGCUCCCACACAAACAAAUUCCACAACCUGGAAGCUCAUCAACGCACAUCCCACCUGUUUUCACCUGUGCAACGUCGGAACCGGACAGUACCUCAUGGUGGCACCCAACGACGGAGUCUACGCGGUCAACAAAACUCAGCUACUUUCGAACACAUUUGCCGCCUUCAUCUUCGGACCAUCGUAUCCGGACUGGCCGUCCCGGCGUGCUCGUAUUACCAGCAUGCUAAAGAUGCAACCGAUUUGUGCAUCCUCCAAACAAGAACUGAUUUCCCAAAAGCCACUAAUCGUUGCUUCGUCGACCCAAGCGGGGCAAGAGUCGACCGGCGGGACGGCAUGUGCGUGGCAGCUAGCUGAACAGCCAUCCUGCCCCAGUGACGAUCUAUGCUAAUGAAGCGACCCUGGCCGAUGGUUCCAGCACACGACGAUCAACCCAUCGAUACCGUCGAUUUUUGUGUGCAAGGCCAUGUGCAUAUCACCGGAACCAUUUCUCCCGCAACGUGCACUAACUCAUCCAGUACGUUCUUAUCUAUCGCUUUACAUCUCGCUCGGUCUCUGUUGCUCCCACGCCGGCGAGUUCGUUGUCUCUUGUUGCGCGUGUGCUAAAAGAUAGCCGGUGGCGGUCAUCUAUUUGUAAAACGAUCAUCAACUCGAUCAUUCAUGGGUAUUUGCUGUUCUACAAGCGCAUUCUAGCUGAUAGAGCGACCCACCUUCCGAUGACAGCAUCUGAGUGUGCCGCCCGUCGUGUCGCAAUCGAAUGGAAUCUCUAUAAAAGUGUGCACAGCUGGAGCAGUGGCCAGCAGUACUCAACCGUGUGUCUUCUCAGCAACCGUGCGUGACGUUUCACUCAUACUCACCAUUCAACACUGCCACAUCAUGACGAUCGGUGUGAUCCUUGCCGUCGCGUGUGCUCUGACGUUUACCUGGCCAGUUGAGGGGAUGUACCUGCAGGAGCGAGCAAACUGUCGCACGGAGGGCUGUGCCACCCAGUACGGUUGUGUGCCCCGGUACUCGCAGUACAAAACCGCACUCUACUGCCCACAGCGUUGCAUGAUCGAACGGUGCCGUUCGGUGGAGAACGAACCUCAGCCCCGUGUCUGUCACAAGAUUACCUCGGUAGCCACCGGCCAAACGUUGGCGGUGAUGGACACGUACGAUCGUCGUGGCGACCAACGGUACUACGGUGCUACAUCGCUUCAGAAUCCUAACACGGGCCGUGGUGAGCAGCGGUACGCAUCGCUGGUGAACCCCAACGCGGGCGAACGAGACCGCUGGAACCUGAUCGUCGGUCCGGGCAAUUACUACUACAUCCAGAACAGUGACACCAGGGAUUAUCUGCGUGCGAGUGAAAACAACUAUCUCUACCUUGUGUCCGGCCGUCCCACUGACGAGAGCUUCCUGUUCAAGCCCGACCUUGUUCAGGGCAGCUGGUCGAGCGUGUUGCUGCAGUCGGUAUGCUACCGUGGUUACAUUUUCGGCGAGCAGUACAGUGGCAGAUCCGCCAGCUAUGCAAUGAUGACCCACGAUCUGGAUCGUUGCUAUCGUGAAAGUGUUUGGAGCAUUAGCAGCGUAAACUGUUGAGGGUAGACCUGUGAGGAGCACAUAAAUUAACCUUUCCUGCCGUUCGAGCCGCUCGAACGCUACUGCCAUAUUUGUUUGAUGAUGUAUCCAAACGAAAUAAAUGAAUGAUAA